AAAAAAAUCAUAAAAUUGUCGUUAAGAACUGGAAACGUUUUCUUUGUAUGAUCUCGAUCGUCCCAAAUUCCAGCUGAAUCGAAAAUUCCAAUUUUCGACAACCCAUUCUCUUCGUGUGAAUGCAAAUAACAGACUCGUUGACUGCAAUUCACCGUCUCUUUCACGCAUCCCAUCCUUCUUCUCCUUCAUCUUCUUCUUCAUUUUCGUUUUUCUCCCAUUCCGCCUCCUCCCCUUGCGCCCAUCGCAGAACCAUUGCGCUUCUUAGGUUCAAACCUCCUUCCCUUCUUCCUUCACCACCAUUUUUCAUGCUUUCUAUUAAUAUCUCAGUCUUUGUGGUUCUGGUUCUUGUUUUUUUUUUUCUUUUUUUUCUGUGCAGGUUCGUCUUCGGAAAUUUUGAUUCCAACUGUUGAUUGAUGCUGAUGAGAAGUUGUGCGUUAUAUGGCUGAGAGCAGGAGAUAUGUUCCCAUUCAGCAUUUAGAUCUAGUACAAAUACUACAAGAAGCACAAAACAGGUGGCUUCGGCCAGCUGAAAUAUGUGAAAUUCUUCGAAAUUACCAAAAGUUUCAAUUAGCACCGGAUCCUCCAGUUCAGCCUCCAGCUGGAUCCUUGUUCCUUUUUGAUCGGAAAGCACUUAGAUAUUUUCGUAAAGAUGGUCAUAAAUGGAGGAAGAAGAAAGAUGGAAAAACUGUCAAAGAAGCCCAUGAAAAGUUGAAGAGUGGAAGUGUGGAUGUUCUGCAUUGUUACUAUGCACAUGGUGAGGACAAUGACAACUUCCAGCGAAGAAGUUAUUGGAUGCUUGAUGAGCAAUUAGAGCAUAUUGUCCUUGUGCAUUACAGAGAAGUAAAUGAGGGUUACAGGUCUGGCGUAUCUCGUGUUUCAGUUGAUCCAGGGUCAUUGGCUGAAGGUUGUCAAGGUGGUUCAACACCCAUCUUUAUGCAGGAAACUUCACUUGUUGGCUCAGUUCAUACUUCAAGUCCAUUAAGUCCUAUGCAAACAGUGCGUUCAGAAAAUGGGGGUGUGGAUUCUAGCGCUAGGAAUGACUCUGGAAUCUCUUCUGAUGUUCAUCAUGUGUUUAAAUCCAGCAUGCUGCCUGCAUCUUUGCCUGCAGGUGAUGUUUCAGGAUCGUCUGAUUUAUGUGGACAAGAAAUCGUGAUUAUUCAAUCUGCCAUAACUGAUUCCAUUACACAUAAGUUAAUAGAUGCUAGAUUGGCUUCUAGUGGCUUAGUAAAAAAUAUGGUAAAUAGUGGGCAUGGCUUGAUUGCUGAUGCAGAAGUACCUGCCGCAAAAGCAGUUUCUCAGAGAAUUGUUCAGAAAAAGAAGCACGGUUUGAUCACAGUUCCUCUAUUUGGUAUGUGUACUGAUUCUCAGGUGGUAGACGACUCGUUUGUUCAGGUAGAAAAGACAUCCAAAUAUGAUUUGAACCAUGAAGGUUUUGGAGAACUCAAAAAACUUGACAGUUUUGGCAGAUGGAUGGAUAAGGAAAUUGGAAGAGAUUGUGAUGAUUCUUUGAUGACUUUGGACUCUGGUAAUUACUGGUGUGCACUGGAUGCUGGAAAUGAUGAGAAGGAAGUAUCCAGUUUAUCGCAUCACAUGCAGCUGGAUAUCGAUUCACUGGGGCCUUCACUUUCCCAAGAUCAGUUAUUCAGUAUUUCCGAUUUUUCCCCAGAUUGGGCAUAUUCUGGAAAUGUAACAAAGGUCCUAAUAGUUGGCUCGUUUUUGGGAAGCAAAAAACUUCCUGUAGAAACGCAGUGGGGAUGCAUGUUUGGGGAAGUUGAGGUUUCUGCAGAAAUUCUGUCAAACAGUGUACUUCGAUGCCAAACUCCCCUGCAUGCUCCAGGGCGUAUUCCCUUCUAUGUGACAUGCUGUAAUAGGCUAGCCUGCAGUGAGGUGAGAGAAUUUGAGUUUCGUGAAAAGCCACCAACCCUUUCUGUACCUAAUGCUAUCAAGUGUGCAUCAGAAGAUGAAUUGCGGUUUCAAAUGCGUCUGACAAGGCUGUUGAAUUUAUGUUUAGAGGAAAAGUGGUUGGAUUGCCCUAUUAAGAACUGUGAGAAAUGCAAAAUCGUAGGUUUGAUGAAGUCAUCCAGAAGUGAUAUUGCAAAAUGGAGAAUGAUGGAAGGGAUUUCUAUUCCAUUAAUAAGUGAUGGAAUGGACCCUAGGGAUUUUAUGAUCCAAACUUUGCUGGUGGACAAACUUUGUGAGUGGUUAGCAUGCAAGGUUCAUGAAGGAACUAUGGGAACGCCUGUUUUGGAUGAAGAGGGCCUAGGCGUCAUACAUUUGGCAGCUGCACUUGGCUAUGCAUGGACCAUAGGACCGAUAAUCGCUUCUGGGGUCAGUCCGAACUUCAGAGAUUCGAAGGGAAGGACAGCUCUUCACUGGGCGUCUUACUUUGGGAGGGAAGAAACCGUCGCUACACUGGUUAGGUUAGGUGUUUCUCCUGGCGCCGUGGAUGAUCCAACUUCAGGAUUUCCAGGAGGACAAACUGCUGCUGAUUUGGCAUCAAGUCGAGGGCAUAAGGGAAUUGCUGGAUAUUUGGCUGAAGCUGAUCUUACAGCUCAUUUACGUUCUUUGACUGAUGGUGAAAAUCUUAAGGACAACGUAAAAGAAAAUGUUAACGUUGAUGAAACUAUUCAGACUGCAGAUGUCGUAUCAUCGCAGUUGGCGGAAGACGAACUCCUUUCGCUCAAGGGUUCUCUCGCUGCUGUCAGGAAGUCUGUUCACGCUGCUGCCUUAAUUCAUGCUGCUUUCCGUGCUCGUUCAUUUCGUCAUAAACAAUUAAUGGGAAGUGACAAGGAGAUGAUACAUGAAGAAUCAAUUGACCUAGUGGCUCUCGGAAUUUUAAACAAGGCUGAAAAAAUUCACUAUGAGGAUUAUCUCCACGUUGCAGCUGUGAGGAUUCAACAAAAUUAUCGUGGCUGGAAGGGAAGAAAAGAGUUUUUGAAGAUAAGAAACCGAAUUGUAAAAAUCCAGGCUCACGUGAGAGGAUAUCAAGUUCGUAAACUGUAUAGAAAGGUCAUAUGGACAGUUAGCAUUGUAGAAAAGGCAAUUCUACGCUGGAGGCGGAAAAGAGUUGGUCUGCGAGGGUUCAAAGCCGAAGGGGCAACUGGCGAAGUUGCUUCCUCGCAUUCACAGGUGGAGAAAAGUGAUGACUAUGAGUUUCUACGAAUUGGGCGCCAGCUUAAAUAUGCUGAUGUUGAAAAGGCGCUAUCCAGAGUCAAGUCCAUGGCUCGUUCUCCAGAGGCUCGCCAUCAGUAUAUGAGAUUAGUAACAAAGUUUCACAUUUUUAAGCAGAUUAAUGAUGAAGAACCCAGUGGCUCAAAUGAAGAUGGAAGUUCCCAAGAAAUCCAGAAGGAAGAGCAGAAUUUGGCUUAAUCAAUAACCAUUCCGCCAUCAGAUUAAACAGUAUGUAUACAUUAUUUUGUAAAUGUCAUUUUUAGGCUCUUAGGAUUUGUACCAAAAAUACUGACUUAUUGCAAAAAGAGGAAAGAAACAAAGGUUCCUUUUCCUCUCCUUUUUUUUGUUCA